AUGAGCGACACUGAUGGAAUUAUGGAAUGCGCGCUAGGUGCUGCAAGGUUUUGGAUAGCAGCCCGCGAACGAGUGGAUGCCAUUGAUGCUGUACCUCAGGCCAAAGCCUUGACUGUUGGGCUGAAGAAUGGAUGGGACUGCCACUUGGAACCAUAUACAUAUCAACCGCUUCUUGAACCCGACGGGAUCCGAGUUCUCCGCAUUUUCCCCUGGAAGGAACGAUUACAGACGAUAGAUGGACUUUACAUGCCUCGAUGUGAGCUCAUCCACCUCAAUUUGAAUUCAUCUCCCGAAUAUGCAACUAUAUCUUACGCUUGGGGAAGCCUUCUCGAGAAUAGUCCAGUGCUCCUUCAUGGACAGAAUUUCCUCACAGUUACCAACUCCUUAUUCGAAGUGAUAUGCUGGACGAGUAUCGAUACCGAGGAGCCUCUUUAUUUCUGGGCAGAUCAAAUCUGUAUCAACCAACAUGAUCUCGUCGAACGAAGUAAGCAAGUAAACAUGAUGGGCAGGAUAUACAAACAAGCCACAUUGACUUUCGUGUGGCUUGGAAAGAGCGGUGACACGGAUGAAGUCGCUUUCGAUCUGAUUAAAAAGCUGUCGCUUGACGAUCUGCCAUUGGUAAAGGCGUACGACACGUUUCUUUUCAAAAACGUAGUGCGGCUCCAAAGCAUUCUCGAGCCUUACGGUAUUGGUUGCAAUGGAAGCGAGCCUGGAUGGAUUGCCAUCAAAGAUCUCUCUUUACGACCGUGGUUCACACGGCUCUGGACUUUCAAGAGUUUUGGCAUAUACAACACUCACCUACUGCACAGACAGAGAAAUAGAUAUCUGACAACUUCUUCCACCAAACUACUUGAUUUGCUCUGGGAAAUCUCGGACAGCGACUAUCAAUGCAAAGAUCAACGCGAUCGGGUGUUUUCUGUAUUGAGUCUAGCUGGGUCUGACAAAUCCUCUACUAUUAAUGUCGACUAUAGCUUAUCCGUAGCGAAAGUUUAUCUAUCGGUUGCAAGAGAGAUAAUUAAAAGUACGGCAAGUCUAAAAAUUCUCACACGAAGACGCUGUGGCGAGUUAGAGGACCUUCCGUCAUGGGCACCGAAUUGGAGCUUUGGAAUAUCUUCUCAAAUGGCUCUUGAUACUGGAAAUUUAUCCUUUUCAAGUUCUGGGGGGUUUCAGCAUAUCUAUAAAGAGUCAGAGGAGCAUAUUCUUAUCUUCAAAGGCAAAAUUAUAUCCACAAUUGCCAAAGUUGCGUCGCAUAACUUUACAGAACAUGGGGACGAAUAUGAUAGUAAAGACCUCGAGCAUUUUCUUGGAUUCAAAACCCUGGUACCUCAAAUCCUCGAGGAGCUGGAAGGGUGGCCGCACGUCGAUGGCUCGUUCAAACGGAGGACAUGGGGGUACUGGAACUGGCUUUUGGGGAUGAAUUUUUCUGCUGGAAAUUUCGGAAAUCGCACUGAUGCCUAUGAGAAUGGACUUGAUGUCGCUGAUUUCAUGACCAACCCCCGAAACCGUUACGAGAGAGAUUUGCGGAAGUGCUUUGGAAGGAAAAUCGCGAUUCUAGACACGUAUGGUUAUCCGCUGGGUCUUGUUCCAGACUAUGCUCGUGCAGGUGAUAAUGUCUGUAUAUUAAACGGCUCGACAACUCCUCUAGUGCUCCGAAAAAAUGGACAGUCGUUUGAGGUCAUCGGGGAAUGCUACGUAAAUGGAAUUAUGUAUGGAGAGGCUGUGGACUGGAGUCAAGAAGGAGGUGAAACUUUUGUUAUCAAAUGA